UCGGAGUGUCCUACGGUGGAGCUCUAUUCGACACGUAUCUUCAAGGCGGGGUUUAUGCGCCAGGUGGAAGCUCUCUGUGGCCCUUUCUCUCGCACACGGUGUGAUUCAUUUCUGUGUUUGUUACUGAAUAUAAUACCGUACACUGAUUGACAUCGCGAAAUCAAGCAGAAGAAUGGAGUUUUCGGAUUUUGCAAUGAACGUUGGGGAACGCCAUGAGCAAGUCAUUCCGAUAACUAUUUUUGUGGCGGUUCUAUGCUUUUGUUUAGUGAUUGGGCAUUUGCUCGGAGAAAGUCGUUGGGUUAACGAAUCCAUCACCGCUCUUAUCAUCGGAUGUCUAACAGGGACAAUAAUUUUGCUCAUAAGCAAGUGGAAAAGUUCUCACAUAUUGAGGUUUGACGAAGAACUUUUCUUCAUCUAUCUCCUUCCGCCAAUCAUAUUCAAUGCAGGUUUCCAGGUCAAAAAGAAACAAUUCUUCCAUAACUUCUUCACUAUAAUGCUGUUUGGCGUUGUUGGAGUUUUUAUAUCCUCAUCCAUUAUUACGGCUGGCAGCUGGUUUUUGUUUCCCAAGUUCGGUUUCACCGGUUUGAAUGCUCGUGAUUAUCUUGGUAUUGGAACAAUUUUUUCAUCAACAGAUACUGUAUGCACACUGCAGGUUCUGCAUCAAGAGGCGACUCCUUUGCUAUACAGCCUAGUUUUCGGGGAAGGUGUAGUAAAUGAUGCCACAUCAGUUGUUCUAUUCAAUGCAGUUCAAAAGAUUGACGUCAAUGGAAUUGAUGGCUGGACGGCAGUCCAUACCUUUGUAGAUUUCCUGUAUCUAUUCUCCACAAGCACUGCUCUUGGAGUUGCUACUGGACUUUUGACCGCGUAUAUUCUUAAAGGCUUGUACUUUGGCAGACAUUCAACUGUUCGUGAAAUUGCUCUUAUGGUUUUAAUGGCAUAUCUUUCCUACAUGUUGGCUGAGCUUUUCGACCUCAGUGGAAUUUUGACAGUCUUCUUUUCUGGGAUUUUAAUGUCGCAUUAUGCUUGGCAUAAUGUUACAGAGAGUUCAAGAAUCACAACCAGGCAUGUUUUUGCAACGAUGUCCUUCAUUGCAGAAACUUUUAUAUUUUUAUAUGUGGGAAUGGAUGCUCUUGACAUUGAGAAGUGGAAAAUGAGCAAAUUGAGUUUUGGGAACUCUAUUAGAGUUUAUGGGAGUGUGAUGCUAUUGGUAAUGCUUGGACGUGCUGCUUUUGUUUUUCCUCUCUCUGUUUUAUCCAACUGCAUGAGCCGAACUGCAACAAGGUCAUCAUCAAUAACAUUCAAGCACCAGAUAAUAAUUUGGUGGGCUGGGCUAAUGAGAGGAGCUGUCUCUAUUGCAUUGGCAUUUAAACAGUUCACACAUUAUGGUGUGUCACCUGACCAAGUAGAUGCUACAAUGGUCACAACAACAAUUAUCGUUGUGCUCUUUAGUACAAUAGUCUUUGGCUUUUUAACCAAACCGCUUGUAAAUUAUCUGCUUCCUCAUAGUGAAACCGGCAACAUAGACAGGGAACGAAGUAUCUCGGAGGAGGAUAUGAAGCUUCCUCUGCUUUCCUUUCAAGAAUCUGCAGAAACCAACCUUCAUCGAGUAACGGAUAGUUUGUCGAUGCUGAUGGAAAGACCGGUAUACACUAUACAUUCCUUCUGGAGAAGAUUUGAUGAUGCCUACAUGAGACCAAUGUUUGGUGGACCACGAAGCAGCCUAUCAUCAUGAUAACUGUCACUAUGAUCUGAAAGGACACAGCGGAACAAGUUUGGCAAUGAAUAGUGUUUACCUUGAGUUAUCUCAAUCUUGUUACAUAAAUAGGGUUAAUAACAGGAUUUUAAAAUGGGGGACACGUGUCAAAUAUUUAUUGGAUAGUUUGAAAAAAAAAAAUGAAGAAGAAGAAAAAAGUCAUACACGCGGUGCCAAUCACCUAAUCCUGUUAAAUGACCCUCUUUUAAGUAGCUAUAUUCUAUCUCUUUUCGGCCA